GUUUCCGGGACUCGGUACUCACGUCCCGGGUAAUCAAUGCACCGGUUUUGAUGCAGUUCUUGUGUUUGCGAGACUUGGCGAUAGGCAACAGUGGUCACUCAGUUUCAGCUAUUGGUUCUACCAGCGCCACUGAUCGCCGGUUGCUUGAGCUGACUUGGACGACGAAUCCGAUCAAUACGAAAGCGCCUUGAGGCUUGGCAUUCAUUCACAAUAUCAGGCGAUGUUGCAAGAUAAAAGGACAGCAUUGUCCUGUGAACAAUUGGCAUCACCUCUUCACUACAUACUCAACACAAGCUUGUUGUCUACCAGUCCACCAACGCCAUCAACUUAAUUUCUGCCAGCCACCAUCAUGCCUCGCUACAUGCUCCUCAUCAAAGCCUCACCCGAGGCCGAAAACCCCGAUGCAACCACCCCCGAGAUUUUCGAGGAAAUGACCACCUUCAACGAGCAGCUCCACGCUGCUGGCGUCCUCCUCAGUGGUGAGGGCCUCCGUCCAACCGACGUUGACAGCUAUCGCAUCACCUACUCCUCGGAUGGCCCUGCACAAGCCACCAAGGGGCCUUUUGACGUUGAAAAGGAAGCCCAUGUUUGUGGUUGGUGGAUCUUGAAGACUAAGGAUGUUGAGGAAGCUUUGGGUUGGGCCAAGAAGAUUCCAUUCAAGGAGGGAGAGGUUGUGGUCAGGCGGAUUGCCGAGAUGGAGGACUUUGGGGAUACCGUGUCUGAAGAUGUCAAGGAAAGGGAAAAGAAGUUGAUGGCCGAGAUUGAGAAGCGCAUCUAAAAGAGCAUCAAGUUUCCUCCUAUUGCUACCUACUGAGAUCAGGGAGGACCUAAACUUGUCACUUGUACCGACACCAAAGUUUGGUGAGAAUCUCAAAGAGCGGGGACUGAAGAAGGAUGUUCUGAUCAUCGUGACUAAGUUUUACACCUGAGGCCCGAAUCCUAACCUUUUCCUUACUC